AUGGCAAGAGAAAUUGCAAUAAUAAUACUCAUGGCCGUUGUGCUUGCUGCCGCUAUGGUGGUGGCGAGCUCUAUGGACAUCACUGCUAGAGACUUGACGUCAGAGGAGUCCCUAUGGGCACUAUACGAGCGCUGGUGUGAGCAUCACAAUGUGAGGCGCGACCUUGGUGACAAGGCCAUGCGCUUCAGCGUAUUCAAGGAGAACGCUCGCAUGAUCCACAAAUUCAACCAAGGUGACGCACCCUACAAGCUAAGCCUCAACCUCUUUGGUGACAUGACCGAUGAAGAAGAGGUUGACCACAUGCACGGUCGCUGCUCUGACCGCGUGUCAGAUGGCGGGAAGCGACGCCAAGGCCGGUUCACACACGGUGCCGUUGCAGCGCGCAACGACUUCCCGAUGUUCGUAGAUUGGCGGAUGAUAGGGUAUGACGAACGUCCGCCGGCAGUGACAAACGUGAAGAUCCAGAGAGGGUGCGGAGCUUGUUGGGCCUUCGCGGUGGCGGCAGCAGUGGAGGGCAUCAAUUCCAUAAGGACCAGGAGUCUGAAGUCGUUGUCCGUGCAGCAGCUCAUAGACUGUGACAAGAGAAGUUUUAGAUGUCGUAACGGCAGAGUGGCAUCGGCCUUCAAGUACAUUAUCGACAACGGCGGCAUCGCCACAGAGGCUGACUACCCAUACAUUGCCGGUGAGCAUGGCUAUUGCUUGGUGCCAAAAAGAAAGAACCCCGUUGUCACCAUCGACGACUUCAAAUGGGUGCCGAAUAAUGAUGAGGUGGCAUUGCUGCAGGCAGUGGCGGCCCAACCCGUCGUUGAGGUGGUUGACACAAGGAGCUUCCGACGUUAUGGAGGAGGUGUCUUUGUGGGUCCGUGUGGGACGAAUCAGACCCACGGAAUGACGGUGGUGGGCUAUGGCACCACCGAUGAGCAUGACCCCAAGAAAUGCAUAGAUUACUGGAUAAUAAAAAACUCAUGGGGAGAAAAAUGGGGUGAAAACGGCUACAUCCGUAUGGCCCGUGGUGCCGGUCCCGCCAAGAAGGGCUUAUGUGGCAUCCUGGUGCAUGCAUCGUACCCAGUGAAAUAUACCUAA